GUUAUCGGAUUGUGGGUAUUCAGAUCGCGGGCUCAUCUUGUGCUUUAUUGGGCUCCAUUAGCAGCGCGGCCCAUUCUUUAGCCCUGCGAGCCUCGAUCUCCUCCGUGGAGGGCGCGCUCUUUCCAUUAUCGAAGACAAACGCAGAGGCGGGUUUAGGCCCAUCUACGUAUGAAUUGUGGGUUAGAUAUCGGAUUUGGGCCUCAGCUCACUCUGCCUUUCGUUUCCCACCACCUGCGAUUUUUGGCAGCAAACGGUGGCGCCGAGAUCGUUUCCUUUGACGACCGCCGCUCUCUCUCUCUAUCCACAGCCGUGGAAGCCGAGAUUAGUUACGCGAGCGUCGGCGGCGGUGGAAGAGGUGAUGGACGAGAGGAGGCGACGACAGCGUCGGCUCUUCACCUUCUCCCCUUCACCGGGGCCGCGCAGCAGCAUUACGUCUCCCAACUCCUUUCCUUCACUCUCGAUCGCCUUCACAAGGAGCCGGAACUUUUGCGCGUCGAUGCGGAGCGCAUCCGGAGGCAGAUGCAAGAGGUGGCAGUCGGGAAUUACCGUGCCUUCAUCGCUGCGGCGGAUACUGUUUCCUUCAUCAAGGAGCAACUCUCCGGCUUCGACAAGCACCUUGAUUCCUUGAUAACAGGGAUCCCUAAUCUUACAGCUGGUUGUACUGAGUUUAUUGAAUCUGCUCAGAAAAUUUUGGAGGAAAGCAAGCUCAAUCAGAUAUUACUGGACAAUCACAGUACUCUGCUUGAUUUGCUUGAAAUUCCUCAGCUAAUGGACACAUGUAUAAGGAAUGGUAAUUAUGAUGAGGCACUUGACCUAGAAGCUUUUGUCAACAAGUUAUCAAAAAUGCAUACCGAGUUGCCUAUCAUUCAGGCAUUGGCGUCAGAAGUCAGGAAGACACCACAAUCUCUGCUAUCUCAGCUUCUCCAGAAACUUCGAUCAAAUAUUCAGUAUUGUGCAAUGGGUCUUGGCUUGGUUGGGUUUGAUUUCAGAGGCUUACUUCCUUCACUUUUCGAAAGUGCAGUUAUAAACUUAUUCUCAAAGAAUAUGAGUAUCACAGUUGAGAAUUUUCAGAUUGUCUUAGAUUUGCACCGUUGGGUUCCUUUGCCGUCUGUUGGCUUUGUAACUAAUGGAACAACGGAAGAAAGCAAGGAUGAUGUAGCGCUGCCAUCUGUACUGAUGGAGCAUCCACCUAUUGCUGUGUUUGUUAAUGGUAAAGUACAGAUACUUGUUAACCACGAGUCAUGUUUUGCAGAUGCUGGUGAGUAUGAACGAGGUCACCGUACAACAUGCAUGAGUUUGAGUUGGCACUGUAAAACUGGGCCUUGUAGAUGUAGAUCAGUGGUGGAUAUGUGUUUCUGCUGCUAUGAAAGAAUUACGACCAUGUGCUCCUGUGAGCUUGAAGAACAUUCUGGCUCAAGAGGUUGUGAAGGGUCUACAGGUAGUUUCCGACUCCCUCGUGAGAUACAAUGCCCUGCGAGUGCUCCGAGGAAACGAGUCUACCCUCUUCCUGUCACUGUGUCGAGCUUUCAUUGAGGUAGCUCACCCGAAUUGUGCCACUUGCUUCGGUUGCUGCUACCCAAAUGGAGCAAAUCUGAUCAGGGAACAAAGAGACUUGUUCAAUGGUGUCUGCCAGCUGUUCGUGAUCCCACCUUCGAAGGGGCUAAAAGAUUCUUUGGAGAGUCAAGAAGAGAAGAAUCAAGCGGAUGCCAGUGGUGCUCAGAAUGGAGCUCCAUCCAAUAGUGAUGAAGAACCGGGGAUUUAUGGUCGUACUGACCCAAGCGGCAGUGUAGUAGUGCCAACAAAUGCAGCAAGUGGCAAUUAAGUCAAUAACUGAUGUGUUUAUUAGCACAUGGAUUAAUGUAGGCCAUGUGAUUAAAUGGCAUGUUUCUCAUGUUUUACCUGGUCGAGGGUGCCAUCACCCUCGUCAUCCUUCCUGUUUCGGUACAAGAUUAUCUACAUCUGACGGUUGACGACAACAAUUUUUAGCGCAUCUACUGAA